AUGUACACGAUGGAGAAGCUGAUGGAGCAGCCCAUGUUCACGGAGCACGCGCUGAUGAAGCGGAUCCGGGCGAGCGUGUCAGAGCAGCGGUAUAAGGACGCGAACGGUUUCAUCGAUGACUUCACGAGGCUGUUGGGCACGUGCGUUGUGGAGUGCGACCGUGGCCCAGUGUUGAAUGCUCUAAAGGACCACGUCACCAAGACUGGCCAGCCCGACUUGAAACGCCCUAGCAAGGCGACGUUCCACGGCUUCCCUCACCCUCUCUUGGAGGAAAUGCUGGCGCAGACGGCCAUGGCACGGAAGAAGAUGUCGCCGAGCGGAAUGCACGCCACGGUGGACGUCGGGCGUUACCUAGCGCGGGCCUACGGGAAAGGGCUGACGUCUGGUGCAAAGUUCAUCGGGAAGCCGAGCAGGGAAAAGGCCUUCCACGCACAGCGGAAAGAGAGGGAGGUCGAGUGGACUAACGUGGCUAAUGCCGAGGAAGCAGAAGCUUUGAAGGCGAACAAGAAAAUGAAGGCCAAGGGGAAAGGCGUCGAAGUCCCGAAGAAGAGGCAGAAGACGUCCUCACCGGUUUCAGUGCCGUCGGCUACUCCGAGGCCGAACCGAAGCCUCAGGACUACCCGCCGCAUGAUUUCGGAGGACAGCGGGGAUGAGCUCCCACGGUCGGAUACUCCUGUCGCGGCUGGCAAGGUCACGGAUACGGCCACCCGCGGAUCGGAUUCAUGGAACAGCAGGCCCAGUGGUGAACCCACUCCUCAUCGACUCAGGCCCCGCGACAGGGUCCACUGCCACCACCUGCAGGGUCAAGUGUUGGAGAUGUACGAUGAGGAAUACAGGGGGCGAAAGAAGCAGGGAAUCCUCGAUGGGCAAGCCAUCAUUUGCCUAUGUGGCUGUGGAAUCACAAUGAAAGGAGGGCACUGGCUGGAGCACAACGGCGGGAGAUCCAGCAACAGGCACCCAGGCUACCCUUGGAAGUACAUGCGGAUUGUCGAAACGAAGGAGAUGCUUUCCAACCACUGGCCGGUGUGCGACACUCACCCAAACCUUUGCGACUCGUGCCUCCUCUGGGAGUCGCCGGGGCUGCCGAUGACUACGUGCUGGAAGUGCCACACCUCCGUCCAUGCUUCCGAAGACUGCGCCAUGCGGGAGAGCUCGAACGGCGUGGAGACAGCAGCGGAACUCGUCGCGCCCCCCCCCUCGGGGAAGAAGUCGCGCACGAGGCCAGGCCGUCGCAAGGAGCCCAGGCCUGUGGAAGACAAGUCUACCGUUUGGAAUGGUGGCGGUAAUAUCAAGAGGGAGGACCCCAAUGCUGGAACAUGGGUGUGCCAGAUCUGUGCGGGGUACCGUACCGUGCGUCAGCGGGCCUCCUUCAACAAAAAGAAGCCCCAGAACAAGUGAUGCCGCCUGUGGCGUGCGGGGGCGACAUUCGGCGGGCUGUUGGCGCAAUUUGUUAGACGUUGGAAGCGGUGACGUGGCGUGGU